ACUUUCUUAUUUUCUUCCCCCCGCUUUUCUCUUUUCGAGUGGAGGAAUAUCAGCUUUUUCCUUUUUUUCGGUCUCCCUUCCUCCGCUCCCUCUCCUUUUUAUUGGAGCAUUUCCUCCUUUCCUUCUGCAACUCUCUCUCUUUCGCCGGGGUUCGGUUCUGGUCGGCAGCAGCAGAGAUGUCGUUCAGGAUGUCGAGUGCUUCUUCUGGGAUGGGUGUGGCCGAUCAUAGCAAGUCCACCUUCAUGGAGCUGAAGAGGAAGAAGGUUCACCGCUAUGUGAUCUUCAAGAUUGACGAGAAGAAGAAGGAGGUUGUGGUAGAGAAAACUGGUGGUCCGGCAGAGAGCUACGCCGAUUUUGUAGCCUCACUUCCAGAAAAUGACUGCCGAUAUGCAGUUUACGACUUUGAUUUUGUGACGGCGGAGAACUGUCAGAAAAGCAAAAUCUUCUUCAUUGCGUGGGCCCCCGCUAUGUCAAGAAUUAGAGCCAAAAUGCUCUACGCAACUUCCAAGGAUAGGUUCCGGAGGGAGUUGGAUGGUGUUCACUAUGAGCUUCAGGCGACCGACCCAACUGAGAUGGAUCUUGAAGUGCUUCGAGACCGUGCCAAUUAAACAUCAAUUUUGGCGAAUUGGUGGAUAAACCAAAUUGCCAGAUAAGAUUAGGGCAAUAUCGGGAGCUGUUACUCCAGGAACUUUGCUCAGUUACUAGUUAUGUGCAUUAUUUUAUCGAGAUCCAUUGUGUUGAGCAAAAAGUGGAAAAAAAGGGAAAACUGUUGAAAAUAUUUGCUGGGAUCUCUGUUAUCAUGUGUUUCUGCUUUAGGCUGGUGAGUUUGACGUAAAUAAGUGACUCAUUUUGCAUAGCAGCAGCUGAGUUGGGUACAUGUUUACUGAUACUUUACUCUGUAUUGUGCUUGCUUAAUUCCUAUUCGACA